AUGGAGGCUUCGGCCCCCGGCCGGCGCCGGCGGCGGGGCUGGCGGCGGGCUCCGGUCGCGGGCUCCCCGCUCUUCCGGGCCGCGGUCGUCCUCCUGCUCUCCGCCUUCGUGGCGCGGGCGUCCCCGUCAGUUGGAUAUUUGAUUCGAUUACCGAGAGGUUUUCGCUUGACCCAAGACGCGGUGAAAAUAGUGGGAUCAUCAAAUUUUCCAGUGAAAGUAUAUGUUAUGCUUCAUCAAAAGAGUCCACACGUGUUAUGUGUAACGCCACGACUGCGAAAUUCGGAAAUGAUAGAUCCAUCAUUCCAAUGGCAUGGACCAAGAGGAAAAAUUAUUUCAGUGGAGAACAGCACUGCACAAGUGACAUCCACAGGAAGCCUCAUAUUCCAGAACUUUGAGGAGAGCAUGAGUGGAGUGUAUACAUGUUUCCUGGAGUAUAAACCUACUGUGGAAGAAAUUGUUAAAAAUCUUCAACUUAAAUAUGUUAUAUAUGCUUAUCGUGAGCCUCAUUAUUAUUACCAGUUCACAGCUCGAUAUCAUGCAGCUCCCUGCAAUAGUAUCUAUAAUAUUUCUUUUGAGAAGAAACUUCUUCAGAUUUUGAGCAAAUUGGUUCUUGACCUUUCAUGUGAAGUUUCUUUACUGAAGUCAGAAUGCCAUCGUGUUAAAAUGCAAAGAGCUGGUUUGCAAAAUGAAUUGUUCUUUACAUUUUCAGUUUCAUCUCUAGACACUGAAAAAGGACCUAAGCCAUGUGCAGACCAUAAUUGUGAAUCUUCCAAAAGACUGUCUAAGGCUAAAAAUCUUAUAGAGAGAUUUUUUAAUCAACAAGUAGAAGUUCUAGGCAGACGUGCAGAGCCAUUGCCUGAAAUAUACUAUAUUGAAGGUACUCUCCAAAUGGUUUGGAUUAAUCGCUGCUUUCCAGGGUAUGGAAUGAAUACCCUGAAACAUCCAAAAUGUCCUGAAUGCUGUGUGAUCUGCAGUCCUGGGUCUUAUAACCCCCGCGAUGGAACCCACUGCCUUCAGUGCAACAGCAGCCUGGCGUUUGGAGCAAAAGCAUGCUUAUAG